GUCAGUCUCGAAAAAAAGAUGAAGCCAGGUCACGUAUACCUCUGUCUCUUCUUCCUACUCUUCGAGCCAUCUAUGACUAUCCUUGUGUCAUCUCCCUUCACACAGUCCUCAGGUCGUGUGGAUCAGUGCAAUGCCAUAUUCCAGUUCAGCAAUUCACUUGGAAUCGCCACCAGGAUUGAGUCCAGUUAUUACUGCAAUGCAAACUUCUAUAAUUGGACCUCUUAUCCAAGGACAGCCUCUUGGAUGAGAGGUACCGACUGCUGCAAGUGGGAUGGGAUAACGUGCGACAACGUAACAGGAGAUGUGAUCGAAGUCAACCUUAGCUGUAGUCGUCUCCAAGGGAUCCUCCACGUUAACAGCACUCUCUUCUCGCUUCGUAAUCUUCGGGCCCUCUACCUCCGAGGUAAUGGUCUCACCGGGCACAUCCCAUCAUCCAUUUGUCAAAUGACUUCCCUGGAAACCCUGUCUCUUUCAGAUAACAAGCUUGACGGACCCAUCCCACCAUGUUUGGGAAAUCUGACCAAAAUCUCGUCCUUGAGCUUGAGUUUUAACCAUAUACGAGGUUCACUGCCGAGAUCCCUAGCAAACUGUACCAGGUUGGAAAAUCUUUUCCUUUACUCGAAUGACAUAACCGAUUCUUUUCCACACUGGCUUAGAACAGUCCCGCUACGAUUACUGCAUCUGGGUGGUAACAACUUCCAUGGCCCUGUUGGAGCUGAUCCUUUAGCACUUAACUUCCCUCUCAUCAACGAUCUGAUCCUCUCUCUCAGUAAUUUCACCGGCAGCUUGCCGUUUGAUUAUUUUCUGCAUUCAAACUUGACAUAUAUUUACCUAUCUGAAAGCAAGUUUGAAGGCAAUCUGCCGAUUUUACCACCCACAGUUAAAGCGUAUGACAUCUCAGGCAAUAAGUUUACAGGAGGGAUCCCUCCUCUGAUAUGCAAUUCUACAAAUCUCAAGCUCAUUAGGAUGUCAAAUAAUAGGUUGACGGGCAGCAUACCUUGGUGUCUCAUGAAAGCGAGUACCAACCUGUUGGAGCUCACCCUAUCUAUGAAUUUCUUUCAAGGCCCAAUACCAAAUAUAUCAGCUCUCAACAACUGCAGUUUGAAGACAUUUGACUUGUCGGAAAAUAAUUUAGAAGGUAAAUUGCCACGUUUCUUGGCCAAUUGCAGCAACCUGGGAGAAUUAGAUUUCAGCAACAAUGAACUCGAGGAUUUGUUUCCCAGCUGGCUCGAAGCUCUCCCAAGCCUCUAUGUUCUGGGUUUAAGGUCGAACAAGUUCCAUGGUCUAGUAAAAAGUAGCAGAUCGGCUCAACCCUUUCCCAGGCUUCACAUUUUUGACAUCUCCAAUAACAAUUUCUCUGGUGCUUUUCCAACUCAGUAUAUUGCUAGUUUCAAAGGCAUGAUGGGUGGAGACAAGGUGCGCGGGAACCUAUUAUUUCAGGAACAUGGCGUGAGAAACUUUUAUACUACACAUGUGAUCGGGAAAGGGAAUAUAUUAGAUUUGAGGAGAAUUCACAAGACAUACACGGUCAUCGACUUAUCAUGUAACCAUUUCCAAGGGGAGAUACCUGAGUUGAUUGGGGAUCUUAAAUUACUCAUAGGGCUAAACUUCUCUCAUAACAACCUGACUGGUGCUAUCCCGUACUCGUUGGGGAAUCUGACUAAUCUUGAAUGGCUAGACCUCUCGUUCAAUAAUCUCACUGGAAAGAUACCUGGAUCCUUAGCUGAUUUAACAUCACUGGAAUACUUAAAUCUCUCAACGAACCGACUCGUGGGACCAAUUCCUGAAGGCAAACAGUUGAACACAUUUCAGAGUGAUGCCUUUGGGGGGAAUCCCGGGUUGUGUGGAUUUCCCUUGCAAAGACAAUGUGGAGGGGACGCAAAUGAACCACCAGCAUCAAGUACUCUUAAAGAUGAAGAAAACACGAACAAUGGAAGUUGGAUAGAGUGGCAAGCGGUACCGCUGGGUUACGGAUGCGGAACUGUUCUUGGACUUUCUGUGGGAUAUAUCAUCCUUCAUUUCCAAAGACCUCUAUGGCUCAUGAGGAUGAUUGAGAGAAGAAUAUACAAGCUGCAAAGAAGAGCUCGAAGAACUCAUGAAAGCGAUGGCGGGAGGACGCGGCGGCGAUGAUUGAGGCAAAGCCACAACAGUUGAUGGAUCACAAUAAAUGGCAGGAAUGUAGGAGCCUUCAUACCCAUCCUCAGUUCGGGAGAUCUUAGAGAUCAUACUAACAGAGGAAUGGAGUGUCUGUGUGUCAGUAUGUGUGUGUAUGUGGUCUUAUAUAUUCAAAUCCUAGCAAUGUUGUGAUGUAAUAAACAACACAAGGCAAAUAUGGAGCACUACAAGUUGAAUAUCAACUAAUCUCGACGUCGUCAAGUAUGGCCUAAUGGUUCUCUUCUUGGUAAGACGGAGUUUGCUGAAUGAUAAGACUGUGUCUGUUAAUGAGCA